AUGGGCCUGAAGGGGGAGAAGACAUGGGAAGGUCCUAAGAUUCGACUUUGUCCGGGUGUUGAUGGGAUAAAAUAUGGCCUUGAACAACCUUUUGAAGCAAUAGCAGUGAGGGGACUGCCAUCUAUACAGUACCUUGGAUAUAUAACUCAGAACAUGCUGAAACAGCUGGGAAAGAGAAACGUGAAGCGCAACGGGAGCAGGAGCUGUUUGAACAGGAGCCGGUUUGGUUCCCGGGAGAGGGACUGGCUGAAGGCGGACGCCGGGCGAGGCUGCGUCUAUGUUUAUGGAAGAGAUUCUGCAGCUGCUGCGUCUUCAGACUUGCGCUUGGUCCUCUGCACGGUGGACACCCCGGCGUCUGAGAUAUGCGAUGGAGAAGGGAGGAAGAACCUCUUUUUGCAACUUCACGGAGACCUGGUGAGGAGGCUGGAGCCCACAGAAAAACCCCUUCAGAUUGUGUAUGACUACUUGGCUGGGUUGGGUUUUGAUGAUCCUGUCAGAAUGCAGGAAGAGGCAGCAAACUCUGAUCUCAGCUGCAUGAUUCGCUUUUACAGUGAAAAGCCAUGUCAAGUGGAACAGUUAGAUCGCAUCCUGCUCUCUGGAGUGUAUAACGUACGCAAAGGAAAGACCCAGUUGCACAAGUGGGCAGAGCGCUUGGUAAUUCUCUGUGGUACGUGCCUCAUUGUGUCCUCUGUGAAAGACAGCCACACAGGGAAGAUGCACAUCCUGCCUCUCGUUGGAGGGAAGGUGGAAGAGAUGAAACGUCGGCAGUACACGCUUGCUUUCACAUCUGCUGGAGCACAAGCUCAAACAUACCAUGUUUCCUUUGAAACGCUGGCGGAGUGCCAGCGGUGGCACCGACAGGCAUCCACGGUUGUGUCUAUGCGACUUAGCAUGGUUGAUCUUUCAUGCUACAGCCUUGAGGAAGUACCGGAGCACCUCUUCUACAGUCAAGACAUCAUCUACCUCAACCUACGACACAAUUUUAUGAGAUCAAGUGGAGCAGGGAGUCUUGACUCUCUUUGCAGGUUUUCUCAGUUGAAGAGCCUGAACCUGUCUCAUAAUAGACUGGGAGAGUUUCCUGUGUCGCUGUGCGAGAUCGCUACUCUGACAGAGCUUAAUAUUUCCUGUAAUGGACUUCGUUACUUGCCAAGCCAGAUUGGCAAACUGUUGAAUCUCCAGACCUUCUGGCUUGAUGGGAAUUUCCUCACGUCCUUACCAGAAGAACUGGGAAGCCUGCAACAGCUCAGCUGUCUUGGGCUUUCCUUCAAUAACUUCUGUGAACUGCCAGCAAUUUGUGAGAAACUCGUCACCCUAGACAAACUAGCCCUGGCAGGGAACUUGCUGGAGACCCUGGACCUUGCAGUGCUGAACCGUAUGAGUCACAUCAAAAGUGUGGACCUGAGGCUGAACAACCUGAAGAGAGCAACAGGUGACACUCUGGAGGGGAACAAAUCUGUGACUUACAUGGAUUUACGAGACAAUCAGAUGACACAUCUGGAUCUGAGUUCCUUGGGCAGCCUGGAGCAGCUGCACUGCGAGCGGAAUAAGCUGAAAGAGUUGAUGCUGAGUGGCUUCUCUCUUCGGGCCCUCUAUGCCAACAGCAACUGUCUGACAGCUGUCAAUAUUUACCCGGUUCCUGGUCAACUGACAUGUCUAGAACUCUCUCACAAUCAACUGCAGUGUGUCCCAGACUGGGCCUGUGAAGCAAAGAAACUGGAAGUUUUGGAUGUGAGCUACAACCUCCUUGUGGAGCUUCCAUCGAGGAUCCUCAGCAGCUUGAGCCUUCGGAAGUUGAUGGUGGGGCACAAUCGUCUGCAGAGCCUUCCACCUCUUCUAGAACACAUUCCACUGGAGGUGCUGGACCUUCAGCACAACCUGUUGACGAAACUCCCGGAAUCGCUCUUUGUCAAGGCUCUGAACCUCAGGUACCUGAAUGCAUCUGCAAACAGCCUGGAGUCCUUGCCUUCUGCAUGUACAGGAGAGGAGAGUCUGAGCGUGCUGCAGCUGCUUUACUUGACCAAUAAUAACCUCACAGAUCAAUGCAUCCCUGUCUUGGUGGGACACCCAAGCCUACGGAUCCUGCACCUGGCAAACAACAACCUACAGACUUUCCCUGCAAGCAAACUCAGUAAGCUGGAGCACUUGGAAGAGCUGAAUCUGAGUGGCAACAAACUGAAAACAAUUCCCACAACAGUGGCAAACUGCAAGCUACUUCAUACACUUAUUGCACACUCUAAUGAAAUCAGCAUCUUUCCAGAGAUCCUGCAUUUGCCCCAUAUUCAGUUUGUGGACUUGAGCUGCAAUGAGUUAACUGAAAUCCUAAUCCCUGAGGCACUGCCAGGUGCCUUGCAAGAGUUGGACCUGACUGGAAACACAAACCUGGUGCUAGAACAUAAGACACUGGACAUCUUCAGUCACAUUACCACACUGAAGAUCGAUGCUAAGCCCUCCCUCACGGCAGACUCAGCACUCACUUCUACUUUCUGGAGUCACGGAGUAGCUGAGAUGGCAGGCCAAAGAAAUAAGCUGUGUGUGUCAUCUCUGGCACUGGGAAGCUUUGCAGAGGGGCUGGAGGCUGUGUAUGGCAUGUUUGAUGGUGACAAGAACGAGGAGCUGCCACGCUUGCUGCAGUGCACCAUGGCCGAUGUGCUCCUGGAGGAGGUACAGCAGUCAGACACCAUGUUCAUGUCCAACACCUUCUUGGUCUCCCACAGGAAGCUGGGCAUGGCUGGGCAGAAGCUGGGUUCCUCUGCUGUCCUUUGCUAUAUUCGUCAUGAUGUGGCCGAUCCAGCCAGCAACUUUUCUCUGACGGUGGCCAAUGUGGGGACGUGCCAAGCCAUUCUGUGCCGAAGUGGAAAACCACUGCCUCUCUGCAAAGUCUUCAGCCUUGAACAAUGUGCAGAAGAAGCCAAGAGAGUCAAGGAGCAAAAAGCCAUUAUAACAGAGGACAAUAAGGUCAACGGUGUGACUUGCUGUACUCGGAUGCUGGGCUGCACGUACUUGCAUCCUUGGAUCCUGCCCAAACCACAUGUCAAUUCCAUUCCACUGACUGUACAAGAUGAGCUGCUACUUCUAGGGAACAAAGCUCUCUGGGAACACCUUUCUUACACAGAGGCUGUCUCAGCUGUGCGCCACCUACAUGACCCGCUAGCUGCUGCGAAGAAACUCUGCACUUUAGCCCAAAGCUAUGGUUGCCAAGACAACGUAGGUGCGAUGGUGGUGUGUCUGAACAUCAGUGAGGACAGCUGCACCUGUGAGAUGCAUGGCCUCACGCUGCCAGGUCCUGGGGGACUUAGUUCCACCACCAAGCCAGCAACACCUUCAUCUAGCAGCGGAAUUGCUUCAGAGUUCAGCAGUGAACUGUCUGCUUCUGAGGUUAGCAGUGAGGUGGGCUCUACUGCUUCAGAUGAACACAAUGCCGUUGGUCUUGAUGGCAGUUUGCUACCACGACAAGAGCGACGGUGCAGCCUACAUCCUGUGCCCCCCUCAGGCAUCUUUCAGCGCCAACCUUCCAGUGCCACCUUCUCUAGCAACCAGUCUGACAACGGUCUGGAUAGUGAUGAUGAGCAGCCUGUGGAAGGUGUGAUGACAAAUGGCAGUAAAGUGGAGGUAGAGGUGGACAUCCACUGCUGUAGAGGAGAGGGCCUUGAGGAGUUUGAACCUCCUGCUGCGGAGCACAGCUCCUCUGCUCCAGGCCCAGAGGAUGACUCUGGGCUUGUCCUCGUCAUUCGGAGACAGAACAGUGUAAACAGCAACACUGUGCAGAAAGGGGUCAAGGAAAAGUGUGAACUGCAAAAAUCUCUUUCCACAUGCUGUCUCUAUGGAAAGAAGCUUUCCAAUGGCUCCAUAGUGCCCUUGGAGGAGAGCCUCAACCUCAUCGAAGUAGCCACAGAGGCACCCAAGAAAAAGACAGGCUAUUUUGCUGCUCCAUCCCAGAUGGAGCCAGAGGAUCAAUUUGUUGUGCCACCUGAUCUGGAGGAGGAAGUGAAGGAACAAAUGAAGCAGCACCAGGAGCAUGGAACAGAUCAGGAAAAGAAAGAGGAACAUGCAGCAGCUCUGCCAGAGGAGUUUGACACAGCUUUGUAA